AAACUGAAGGUAUUCUCUUACUAUUCUAUUCUAACUUUCAACAUUAAUGGUUGCUAGUCUGCCUUAUAACUUUGAUAUUUUAAUGCUUCGGCAGAGAUAUGAAUUAAAAGUAAACAUGCACUGCCCAGGAUGCGUCGAAAAAGUCAGAAAACUCCUCAGAAAAGUAGAAGGUGUAUACACUGUAACCAUUGAUGCUGAACAAAAGCUGGCCUUGGUCGUAGGCAGUGUGGAUUCUUCAACUUUGAUUAAGAAGUUGGCAGUUUCUGGUAAAUACGCAGAGCUUCAAUCUCCAAGUCUCAACCAACAAGAAUUUGAAAUGAACAGAUAUCAAAUGCAAAACAACCAAACACUAAGCCUAAAUAACGGCCCCACUACCUCCAGAGCUCAGCAUGUUUCCCCCACAUCCUUUUGUGGUGAAGAAGAACAAGAAUGGCCAUCAGGAUUGUUCCAAAGCCAGGAUACAGGAGCAAAAGCAAUAACAGGUCAAUACAGUCAGAAUUUCAUUUCCGCAACAAUGGUGAAUAACAUGCAUACGGGCAACAAUGGUAUUGGUGCUGAUUUUCUUGGUUUCAGGAGCCAUGAAUAUGGUGCAUUUCAAGAGCACAAUGCAGGGCCAUGGGUGUAUAAAGAAUAAGGAUGAUGAAUACUAACAUGCAGGCGUACUAACUACUCAGUAGAGUAGAUAAUGAAUAGGCACAGUAACUAUAUCAUGACAAUAUAAGCAAAGCAACAUGAUUACCUCAACUCCAGAUGAUGAUGAUGGUUAAGUAUUAACCCAUUUUUCCUGAAUUCUUAGUAGUCUGACUAGUCUUUUAUGUUUGGAUCUGCACCAACCCCCUGACUAUUAUAAAUAAGAAUGGAAGGGCUCAUUUAAAACACAACAACGUGUUGUAUUGUAUUGUAUCGUAUUGUGCUGGAUUGUAUUGUAUUAGUAUUCUUUAAUACAAUACUAUGUUUGGUGUUAACUUGUAUUAAUUAUGUAAAAUUAUGUUACCUUUACCAUAAACUCUACCCUAACCUCGACUCUGGCCCUAGACCCGGACCCCAUCUGCACACCUCGACCUCAGACUCGAACCCCAGGGCAGGAUUCAAGGUUCGGGAUCGGGGUCCAAGGCCAAGGCCGGAAUUCGAGUCCAAGGCCAAGGCUGGGCCAGGGCCUAGGGCCCAAGUCCGAGUGCAGGUCAGGGUCCGAGUCCAGAUUUAGGGUUUGGGGUUCGAGGUUCGAGUGCGGGUUUAGGGCUCGGUGUCAGGGUCGGGGUCUAGAGUUAGGGUCUGGGGUCGGGGUUCAAGGUCCAAGACCAGGUCCGUAGUCUACGUCUAGGGCCAAGGUCCGAGGCUAGGGCUAGGUCCAAGUCCAGGGUCUGGGUCCAAGACCGAGUCUGGAGUCGUCUAGUGCCGAAACUUAGGUUUGUGGCCGAGGUCCGAGGCCAAGGCUAAGUCUAGAUCCAAGGUUUGGGUCUGGAUCCAGGUUCGGGGUUUGUGUCUAGUUCUAAGUCUGGGUCCAUGGUUGGGCCCGUGUCCAAGUCCCCAA